CGAAUAUUUGGCUCUAUAGGCAAUUGUCCUCAACAAUUUUCUGAUAUAUCUGAAAAAGUUUUGAAGAAAUGUGGAGGUGUUCCAUUAGCUAUUGUUACCAUAUCAAGCUUGCUGGCUAAUAAGACAAGAAGUAUUAAUGAGUGGUCCAAUGUGUGUGAUGCAAUUGGUGCCGGAGUAGGAAACAAUCCCGGUAUGGACAACAUGAGGAAGAUAUUGCUGCUUAGCUAUUAUGAUCUAACUCCUCAACUGAAGACAUGCUUACUGUAUCUAAGUAUAUUUCCUGAAGAUUAUGAGUUUCGAAAAACUACAUUGAUUUUGAGGUGGAUAGCUGAAGGAUUUGUCCAACUAGAAGAUGGGAGGCAAAGCUUAUUUGAGGUUGGACAGAGUUACUACCAUGAGCUUCUAAACAGAUGCCUCAUCCAGCCAGGAGACAGUGAGGGGGAUGACUUGUCUCCUCUUAGAUGCCGGGUGCAUGAUAUGGUGCUUGAUCUCAUUUGUUCCUUGUCAAGAGAUGAAAGUUUUGCUACCACUGUAUAUGGUGACUGCAGGCAAAUCACAUCUUCAGAAAACAAGGUUCGCAGGCUCUCUAUCCAUAAUGCUAGCUGGCCUACAAUGAACAUGUCAAAAUUAAGAUCCCUUACUAUAAGCAAUUCUGCUAUAAUUAAUUCAAUGCCACCCUUUUUGUGCUAUCAUCUUUUGCGUGUAUUGGAUUUUGAAAAGUGCAAUCUUAAAGACCAUACAAGUCUAGAGUUUCUUUGUAAAUUAUUUCACCUGAGGUUUCUAAGUCUAGUAGAUACUGGAUACGCUGGUGAGGUCCCAAGGGAGAUAGGGAAUCUACAGUUUUUGCAGACUUUUUACUUCUCUGGAACUUACAUAAAACAAGUCCCAUUGAGUAUCUUGGGGAUGAGACAACUAAUGUGCCUUGCCGUUGGGAUGAAUACAAGGCUGCCAACAAGUGGAUUGAGAAAUCUAUCGUCUCUGGAGCUGCUUCGGAUGAAUGUGGAUUCUGCAUACAUUGCAGAAGAGCUGGGCCAUCUGACGCAACUGAGGGUGCUAAUGGUUGUUCUCAGGAAGGACAAGGAAGGCAGAUGGGAUGAAAGGAUAUGCAGAGUUCUGGUGGGGUCCCUUAGCAAACUGCACAAAAUCCAAACUCUACAAGUAGAAAUCUCAGAUGACGUGGAAGUUCAUCUUGAAGGCUCAGUGGACUCCCCGUGGAAUCUAUCUCAUCUUGUUAUUUUUGGAACCAGUCGGCUGCCGACAUGGAUUGAUCACACAUCAUUUCAACUCCUAUCCCAGCUAUGCAUAAAGGUGGGUCAAGUUGGAAGGGAGGACAUCCAUGUCCUCGGCCGGCUGAAGGCUCUUCGUGUUCUCCACCUGGGAAUGGUUGGCGCCAAACAAGUGUUUGAAAGGUUCAUGAUUAGCGCUGAUGCCUUCCCAUGUGUGACACGGUGUGUAUUCUCGGGGUUUUCGACGGUGCCAUCUAUGUUCCCACCUGGAGCUAUGCCGAGCCUUCAACGGUUUUGUUUUGAUAUAAGACUAGAGGAUUUCGGUGAUGAUAGUGGAUUUACAGUUGACGACCUGGCCUUAUGCCACCUCCCGUCACUACAGAGGGUUUGGGUUUGCCUAGAUGGAGAGAGAGCCAGAGACAUCAAAGAUGUGGCAAUGAAAGCCCUGACGAAAGAGGCACACGCCCACCCGAACCACCCUGAUAUUGAUGUCGGAAUCAAUGGGCAGUGGAGCCAGCUGUGCAGGUAAUGGAAGGAUGUACGCACUAGUUCUAUGGAUUUUCAGCGGAGGACCUCCACCACUACCUACAACAUGUUCCCCCCUUCGAAG